AUGAUAAGAAAGGAGGAUAUAAUGUGUGUCGAGAAAACGGGCUUCGGGCCGUUCUGGGAGGAGUUUCUUGUGUUCAUAGAGGUCGGCGAAAGGAUCGGGGGUCUUUAUGGCCUCAGGGUAAUGAAGAAGAAAAAGAUAGUGGACUAUGGAGAGCAGAACAUGAUGCACCACGAAUACUAUGUUCGAUCGAGGAUAAGGCAUUCCUUCCUUAUCAAUACAAUAUGUGGAUUCCAGGACUACGAGCAUCUAUUCCUGCUCUCUGAACAGUCGCAGAACUACCUUAUCAAGCUGAUCAACUCUGAAGGAAGAUUCUCGGCAAAGGUGUCCAGGUUCUAUCUGGCAGAGAUUCUGCUGGCAAUCCAGCAUUUGCAUUCAAAAGGGCUUUCGUAUGGAUUUCUAUCGCCAAGCAACAUGAUGAUAGGAGACGACGGACACAUAAAGCUGAAGUACGACUUCCUAAACAGGAUAGAUUGUGUUGUUGGGGAUCCCGAGCGCAACGUUGAGUAUGCAUCGAUAGAUUAUAAGGAGAGGGGAGAAAUCAGCCCUGUGUCUGACUACUGGUCGAUGGGCAUAAUACUAUACUACAUGCUUGUCGGGGUUACUCCGUUUGCGGCACCGGACACUGCCCUGGUCGUUGCGAGAAUUAAAAGGGGCAGGAUCGAGUUUCCAGAGUUUCUCGAUGAAAAUGCCAGGGACCUGAUAUCGAGGCUUCUGGCUGUUUCUCCUAGGGAUAGGCUUGGAUAUGCAGAAGGUGAUGCAGAGACUAUAAGAAGACAUCCAUUUUUUGGCGGGAUGAACUGGGAGGAGGUUCUGCAGAAAAAGGUUGCACCGCCGUUUCUGUUUAAUACCACAAGAAAAGAGUGCCUUUCGAGAUCUGCAAACCUCAAGGUUCUUUAUACAACAGACUAUCUUCCCGAUCAAAAGGAUGGAUAUGGGCAAACAUUCCGAGGAUACGGUGCCACAUAUGCACCAGACACCUAUAGAAAGAUAUGGAGAUGCGGCUAUAUCUGA